UUGUUUUCCAUUAAAAGUUUUUAAAAUUACAACAAAAUUUAACUUUUAGUGUAUUUAAAUUUAAAAUUUAACUUUUAGUGUAUAUCUACGCGCCAUAGAUAUGGCACCCGACCUAUUGGGUGGAUGGAUACACAAUUUCACUGUAACGGAUACAGAUCAAACAUCUGGCUUUACAUUAUAUAAAAUUACUUCCAUUGUUUUUCCAAGAUCUAAACCACAGGCCUUAACACAGUUGGUGGUUUGGAGGCGUUUUCACGAUAUUAAGAAACUUCAUAGAGAACUUAAAAGGAGACAUAAGAGCCUUUGCUUGCCCGGAUUUAUACCGGAACCCAUAGACUGUUCGUUUUUCAAGAGAUUUGAUCGCGAUGUUAUACAAAAACGCAAAGUUUACAUCCUCUCACUUUUGGAUUUUGCUGCCCAACAUCCGCAGCUCUAUAAAUCGCAUAGCUUUGCUCAAUUUUUCAAUGAAACAACGCCCCAAAAUAAAAUACAGAAAUUAGUCGGGAAGGCAGCUCGUUUUGGCAGAAAAUUAGAAAUAGAACAAUAUGAUGAAAUUGAUGGCGAAAAGUCGAAAUUCAAUUCAUUGUGUGAUACAUCGAUACACGACGAUGAUAAUGCAACAGAGGGGAAUGAAAAACAAGAGGUGGCGGGCAAUGAAAAGGUAUCCGCUGAUAGCGAAAACGACUCCAGCACCAAUGUACCAGUAAAAUACAACUUGCGUUUCUUGACCCCCAUGGCUUCUGUUGAAAGCGAAGAUAGCGAUGACUAUAUUUAUGAAGCGGCUUUAGAAUUCUCGCAGGCUGUUCAAGCAGAAGCCAACCUAGAUUAUAAUGAUGCUUAUUCACGUUACAAAGCUGGUGUUGAUAUACUUUUGAAAGGUUGCAAAGAUGAUCAGAAUGACGACAGGGUUUAUAUUGCACGAGCAAAAAUUGCAAAGUAUUUAGCAAGAGCAGAAGAUAUAUAUGACCGAUUUCUAAGGUCGUCACACAGAUCGUUUGCCUCAACAGUAUCAGCAUCCAAUUUUCAAUUAGCCAUAGAUGUGUCUGGCAAUACCAAUUCAGAUUCAUCGGGAUUAUACCUUGAGCGACCAUGGAAUCACAUGGCAAAGUAUAAAGUCAAAUCCUUGUUAAGCAACAAAGUAUUAUUGGUAUCAUCUACAGAACCCCUGAAACCAAUUUACGUUAUGAAAGGCGUAGAAAAACCAUCCAGCAACUCGCCUACCCAGACCGUAUUCCUCCCGCAGCAUGUUCCUUAUAUGGUGGAUCUUUUUGCAUUUUUCCAAUCUGAACAAAAAAUAUUUCUGUUACUUCAGUUUGCAUCAGGUGGCAAACUGAUAGAACACCUACAUUCCUUACAAAAAAGUGCAGUCGAAGUGAAACCUGAACAGGGGGAAGAUAGAAAAUCUUGUGACAUGCAGUUACAUUCCUCAGAGGACAACGUUAAACAACUAAUUGACUCUUCCAAGCAAUUAAUAGAAUCAGUUUCGAAUACAUUGAAUGAAACAAACUCCCAAACAUUGUACUCACUUAGAGCCAAACAAAGAGAUCUUAAGAAAUGGUCGCAACAACUGCUUGUGGCAAUACAUUCAUUGCAUGAGAAGAGUGUUAUAUUAUGCGAUCUUCAUAUAGACAAUUUGUUGCUGGACGAAAGUGAUAAUUUAAGGCUAACAUAUUUUUAUCAAAAUGAAGGAAUCUCAUCGGACAGUUGCAUACACAAAGCAUUAAGUCCCAAAGCUAUGGAAAAUCAUUUUGUUGCCCCUGAACGGCCAUUGUCAUUGCGAUCGGAUUGGUGGAGUUAUGGCGUUAUAUUGUACGAGUUGUUUGUGGGGCUGCCCUUUAAAGCAGCUCAUCCGGGUCAAAUCGAUUUAUAUGGUUUUGUACAGUACCCCGAAAAUUUAGAAUUAUCCGAUGAUAUGCGUGAUCUAUUGGAGAAAUUGUUGCAACAAGAACCCGAAGAUCGUUUGGGCUAUGAACAAAUAAAAAGGCAUAAAUUCUUCGAAGGCAGCAAUUGGGAUCAGAUCAAACAGGAGGGUUUCAACAAUAUCAAUGGAGAAAUGUAAAAGUCCCAAAGAAUAUUAGCAGUAAAGAAAAAAAUGCAUUACUUUUAUAAAAUAUUGUAUAUUUGUUUUUAUUUAUGUUUGUUCUUUUUUGUUAUUAUAUUAUUUUAAUUGUUGUUCUUGGAUAUACAUUUUUAUUUUAUUACUUAGUUAACUAAGAGGGUCAUACAAAUUAACAUGAAAUUUAUACAAAUAUUUAGACAAAAAAGUAGAAAAAAAAGAAAACAAUUUGCACUAUUUCCAUGUCAAAACUUAUGGAUAAAUUAAAUUAUUUUUGUUUUUUUUUUUUUUUUUUUUUUAAAUCAGUUGAUUUAUACAAAGUAUUAUUUUACUAAGAAACAAAAAUGUUCAAACAUUUUUUUCAUACAGCAAACUACUAGGAGACUGUUGUUUUGGCCCAAAUACUUUUUACAAACUUUUAGGUUUCCUAUCAAAUAAAUUUUAAUGUAUUAUUGUCACAAACCACAACAGUUGUAAUAUUUUUUCAUUAUUUUUUACAUACAUAUUUGUGUAGUAUUGAUGAGAAGGCACAUUUGGAAUGCAUUGCGAAGGAGGUAUAAUUACAAUUAGCGAAUUCUCGUAUUAAAUUCUACUUACAUGCUAAAUAUGGAACUUUGAAACUUAUAUCAAAUGUCUGUAUACAUUAGAAAAUUCUUAAAUACAAUGUAAACCUCA